AUGUCUAUUGUAAAUUUUUCAGAUGACUCAAAUUGUCAUCCUUCAUCUUCUGUUAUCGAUAAUAAUGAUUAUAUAGAAAAAGAAGAUUUAUAUAAUAUUUUGAGAAGUGACAUCCCACAAUGCUAUAUUUGUUUAAGGUCCCAGUCUCAAAAAGUAAGACUAUUUAAAUGGCCUCGUGAUAAUGAUAAAAGAAAAAAUUGGUGUAAUUUUUUUGAACUUGAUGAGGAAGAAAUUCUUGCUGAUUUUGGUAAUACAUUUAUAUGUUCAUUACAUUUUGAUCCUUCCCAAUUUUUAUAUGUUUCUGGUAAAAUAUUUUGGAAGUCAGAUGUAUCCCCUAUGAUUGUUGAUCCCAAUACUUCAAAUGUAAAAUCUUAUCCUUGGGAAAAAGAAGAAAUUUUAAAAAAUGUUUUUGAAGAAGAUUAUCAAAAAUUAUUAAAUAUUGCUACUAAGGCUUUUAAAGAUAGUUCAGUUAUUAGUAUUAGUUAUCGAAAGAGUAACUUUAGGCCAACAGGACCAAACAAAAAACACCCUGUUGUAAUUUUAAAAGACUUACGAUUUCCAUGUUUUUAUUAUGAAUUUUCUCAUAAUAGAACAAAUUCUCGUGGAAAAAAUUUUUAUUAUUGUUUGAUGUGUAAGAAAAUGAAGGAUAAGACAGGAAUUAAAGAUAAUGUUCGGACUAUUAGUAUAAGUAAUGGAAAAGUGGCAACUUCUGCUCAUCCAUUUACACGGCAUCACUCACAUUGUUCACCUGGAAUAGAAGAAGAUGAAUUUGUUACAAAUACAGGAUUAGAGUGUAAUGAAGCAUCCUUAGAUAUAACAAAUGAAUCAUAUUUAGUUAACUCAAAAGUUAUAAAUAAUUACCAAAGAUUCUCUACACAUAAUUGUAUGUCAAAUGAUAACGAAGAUAAUCGUGAGAAAAAUCUUCAUAGUCAUAAAACUCUAGAAAAUUAUACAGUGUUUAAUGGUAUAAAUAAUGAGUUAGCAAAUAGUAAUGGAACACGUAUCAAUAGUACAAAAGAAUAUAAUUCAGAAGACUAA